CCAUAGCUACGGUAUCCUAGUUAUUAUGCUAAGCUAUGUUGCAAUAUAGCAUAGAAAUGUAAACAAAAUAAUGAAAUCUAUUUUUUCAUGUAAACUAGUCCUAAAAAUAGUUGCAUCAAUUUUCCAUUAUUCUCCUCUUAACGUAUAAUUUCGUAUAUAAAUUAAAUAUUAAAUAAGGCGCCGCUUUAUAGGUAAAAGAUAGAACCACCUUAAGGGCGGAGAACAUUGGACCACGUUUUAGUACUUAAAAAGCUGUUUUCAAUUUUUAUUUCUUCAUUGUAACAAGAUAAAGUUUGUUAUUCACGGCGUUUGUAGGUAUGAUAGUAGAAGGCAAAACAAACAUUUUAGAGAUGAGAAAUUUUCAGGUGACCAUUUACGAAUCAGGUUAUUCUGUGAUGACCGUUGAACAGGGAACUACUUUAAAAGUUGCAAAACUGUUGUAUCAAUCACAAAGGAAAUCAAAAUCACAAAUUCUGGGAUUAAGGCCAAGAAAUCAUAAAGAUGGAAUACCAUGUAUAAUUACUUUAGAUGACACAUCAUUAUACGAGUCAUCAUACGAUGUACUUUUAUCAGAUGAUCCAGUUUAUACUAAAGAAGUUGCUUCAACCAAGCGAUGCAUAGAAUGCCUAAAAGAAUCAUGGAAGUUAAAAAGUUUUGUCAGUGUCGGGAUAAACACAGAGGUAAAUCCUACAGAAUCAUAUGAUGAUUUUAGACAAAUCAGGCGAGAAGUCAGCUCUUAUGAGGAAGAUAAGCCAAUAAAAGAGUCUUUAAUUUGUUUAAAUGGUAGGUAUGUAUCUCAAAUUAGCAAGCAUGGCACUAAAAUCAGCGAUUUUGAACCGAAAUUUCAUGAAAACAUUCGAACAGCACCGUAUAUGUGCUCGGAAAAAAAUGCAAAUUUUUUACGUAAGCAUCGAACUCCAUCGCCAAUUUAUGAUAACCAACAAUCUUAUAUGCAGCGUAUUAAAAUGGAGGCUACCCAUUAUAAUAGAAUGCCUCAAUACAACUUUUUAACUUCAGAAAGAGUAAAAUGGGACUCGAAACAAUAUGCACAUAUUUUUAAUCCUCAGGCUAUUAUUCAGAAAAAUGACGAUAAUUUUUCAAUACACCGUUUUCAGCAUUGUCAUAAUGUUGAUGUUGACAAAUAUAAAAAAAGAAUGUAUUCCGCAUUAGAAGAUAAUUGUAUUAUUGAUAACAAUAAAAAUAACGAAGACUUUUUGGUAGAUCGAAAAGGGUUGUCAUCUCCUGUACAGAAACUACGAUAUCAUCCAGAAUUUCAAUACACACAGUCUCACCCUCCUGAAGCUCCCCCAGUGUUUGUUUUACCUAAUGACUUUAAUGAAGUAUCUGAACAAAGUAUUGGAGAAAAAAAAAUUAAUUUAACUAAACACGAAAUAACAAGAGUAAGUAAAGAAAUGGACGAACUUAAAUACGAAACUAAAGAAGAAGAUGAUUCUCCCCAAUCCCCAGCUGAAUCUGAAGUAAGUUAUCCAAUACAAUCAGGAGUUAGUCCAGACUCAUCAACACACUCAGGUAAAGGAUUAUUAUGUAAAAUUUGCAACGAACUUUUUCCGACAAAAAGUCUACUCUACAAACAUUUGCGUGGUCAUUCAUCUGAUGAAAAACCAUUUAAAUGUAGUGAAUGCGGCCAAGGGUUCACACUUAGCAGUAACUUGCGUCAACACCGUAUUAUUCAUCGAGGGUAUAAACCUUUUCAAUGCGAGUUUUGUGGAAAAAAGUUUAUGCGAUCUAAUGUUUACAAACAGCAUAGAAGAAUUCAUACAGGGGAACAAAUGCACAAAUGCGGACUAUGCCCCAGUGAAUUUUUGCAAAAAUACGCCCUUAUUAAACAUAUGAAGAAAAACCAUGACGUUCAAGCCAUGGAAUAAAUAUUAAAAACUAACUCUUUCAUUUUCUUUAAAUAAAAUAGUGUUUUAAUUAUUUUAUAUUUAUUUGUAAGUUUUGUUUUUAAAACAAACAAAUACGUUUCUUAA